AUGACAGUAUUUACCAUACCACAGUUUCCAGAUACCAAAAUCUCGAUAGCUUUCUUUGAGCAAGUUCGGAAUGCUGACGAAAUACGCUCUAGAAUGGCCGAGUUAUCUACAUCCUUCGCAUUUAUUGACCCCAGAUUAAUCUGUUCGGAGGAGCAAAUAUAUUCUGCAGUUUACAAGACUUUGAUAGAAGUGAAUUAUAAUAAGAUGAGAACAAGAAAUUUGAAUUCUGAGUGCGUACUGUGUCUUUCACCCACUUCCAAUAUUAGCUAUGCCUUUCAAAUAUUCGGAAUCAAAGACGACUCUUCACAGUUAAUCUGCCUGAAGUUUCAUGCUGGCGACGAUGAUCUGGACAGGGAACGGUUGGCCGCGGAGUUAUCCUCCGUAGUAACUGGAGUAGAGAUUGAAUUCAAUGAUGAAAAUCUAUCAAAAUUUUAUGAUGAACUGCUCAUCAGAAAAGUAUGUUCAAAAGCCACAAUCACGUGGCAUAGCUAUACAACUAGUACACUAUACUAA